AUGGAGACGCCCAAGGAUGUUGUUGAGAACAAGUCCGAGGCGGAGCCGACAGUCGCUAAGCCACACACCAAGAAGGCCAAGUACGCCGUGGUGGUCAGGCAGGGCUCCUUCGAGGUUGACAAGCAUUUCUACACCAAAGUGCUCAAUGCUCAGAUUCAUCCUCUGGUGGCGCAUUUCAUGAGAAUGGACAACGAACGGAUCAUUUCGCGCUACACCCAUCUGUACCCCACCGUAGAUCGUAAGGCUCUGGAAGAGUUGCUCGCCUACAAGCCCUCGUUCUUCAGAUGGUCUGGCGCUGAUCUGUUCAACGUGACCGAGGCCAAAGGAGGGCGCAAGAUGGUGGUCAUCGAGACCAACAGUUGUCCUUCUGGUCAAAAAUCCUUCCCUCUCCUCAAUGAGGGUGAGGAGAAGAACGGCUACCAGUAUCUCAUCGAUUACACCUUCAAGCCCUACCUGGAGGAAUGCGAAGCCAAUGGCAAAAUGAUUGAGGGAGCUCUUGCUGUGGUUUUCGACAAGAAUGAAACUGAGGCUGCCGGGUAUGCCGCGUGCUUGGCUGACUCCUUCAAUGAGGAAGUGCUGCUGGUGGAGACCCACGACCAUGAAGAGGAAACCAACGUCCGGUGGACCUCCGAUUGGGUUCUCGAGGCCAGGACCUCCGAUGGCCAGUGGCGUCGCAUCCGUGCCGCCUUCCGCUACGUUACGCAGAAGCCCUGGAGCCGGCUCCCUGUGGCAGGUGCCAAGACUCUCAUUCUCAACCCUGUGGUGGCUUGUCUUGCUGGCGGCCGUAACAAGCUCGUCGCCGCCAAGGCCUACGACUUCUUCAACGCCGAGUUUGAGCCCAAGGGCCUGGGCAUUCGCGUUCCCGAAACUAGGGAGGACGUGGCCAAGGACGAAAUCCCUCUGUGGGUCAAGUCCAUGGGUGAUCACGCUGUCGUCAAGGUGCCCUACUCCAACGCUGGCCAGGGCGUCUACACGAUCACAUCUAAGCAGGAGCUGGAGGAGCUCAUGAAGGAGCUCAACCAACAAGGCGCUUAUGAGCAGUACAUCGUGCAAAGCCUGAUCGGAAACUACUCGUGGAGCUCUGUCACACGCCAUGGCCAAUACUUCCACGUUGGCACGAUUCCGGACAAGAACAAGAACAUCUACUGCGCGGACAUUCGCUUGAUGGUGCACUACAGCUACAUCCACAAGUCCUUCCGUCCCCUCGCUAUCUACUCUCGGCGAGCCCGCAAGCCCUUGCCCCAGAACCUGAGCCCCGGCGAGACCUCUUGGGACUAUCUCGGUACCAACCUGUCGUUCAAGCUCGACGACGACACCUGGAGCACGGAGACGAACCGACUGCUGCUUAUGGACACGCGCGACUUCAACCGUCUCGGCGUCGGCACCGACGAUCUCAUCGACGCUUACAUCCAGACUGUGCUGGCCACGGUGGCAAUCGACAAGCUUGCCAGGAAGCUGAUGCACGUCAACGCCGAGGGGCAAAUGGAGUUCAACCACUCCCUCUUCCUGUCGCUCAACAAGGACCCGGUCCUCCACGGCGAGAUCCUCGACCCUUCGCACCCGCAGUCCCAGUAA